UCGGUCCUGAAACCUUCUCGCGAAGUGCACGUGAACACAGUGCAAGUGAAAAAAAUCUAGUGUUGUAAAAACGAAACAAAGGAGACUUUUUAGAAAAACACUAUAACUUCAAGUUUCGCAACGACGGAGCCAUAGGUUGUCUGUGCUGCACAACUUUGCACAUAACUAACGAUAUGUCUCUGGUGCCGCCAGGAGGAGGCGACAACCCUAGCCCUAGACGAGCUUUGAGCCCUCUGCUGGAGCCACGUCGCCCAAUUUGCACUCUAACCUGCGACUAUUGCAACGCCAUUCUAGAAGAUCGCUUCAAGCGCGGCGAUGGCCGGAUUCGCGGACCUUCCCCGCUAUCAUCCUCGCCGCGCCAAUCACUGACUGGGGAAUCCCCAUGGCCGACAGCAGAUGAUGAUCGCCCUGAUUUCUCAGCUCUAAAAGAGAAUAUUCAGCGCAUCAACAAUGGCGAAAUAAGAUGCGAAUGUGUCGACUCCUGGGAUUCCGUGCUGUGUCCAACAAGGAGUCACUGCAAUACUGGUCGACUUGAGGAACUACUGGAGGAGGUCGAGAACUAUGCUGCUAAUUUGGAGGCUUUGGUGGAUGAGCGCACUAGUGCCUAUCUAGAGGAAAAACAAAGAUGUGAGGAGCUUCUUUAUCAACUGCUCCCAAAGUCUGUGGCGUCGCAUCUCGUGUUGGGGUUACCCGUGCUGGCCGAGUACUACGACUCGGUAACCAUCUACUUCAGCGAUAUUAUUGGGUUUACCCAGCUCUGCGCUACAUCGACUCCACUAGAAGUCGUCGAUAUGUUGAAUGAUCUCUAUACCUGUUUUGACUCCAUCAUUGAAAAUUUUGACGUUUACAAGGUGGAAACUAUUGGCGAUGCAUAUAUGGUAGUAUCAGGGCUGCCCCAACGGAAUGGCGAUCGUCAUGCAGUAGAGAUCGCAAGCAUGUCGCUGGCCCUUCUCGCCGCAGUACGUGUGAAGACUGUACUCCAUCGUCCCGAGGAACCACUGUUGCUCCGUAUUGGUAUGCAUACUGGUCCUUGCGUCGCCGGCGUGGUUGGCCUCAAGAUGCCGCGCUACUGUCUCUUUGGAGAUACUGUGAACACCGCUUCUCGCAUGGAGGCCCAUAGCGAUGCCUUAAGGAUCCACGUCAGCUCUACAACAAAAGAACUGCUUGACGUUUACGACAUGUUUAUACUCGAGUUGCGUGGUGAGAUUGAAGUAAAGGGAAAAGGUCCAAUGACUACCUAUUGGCUGUUAGGUGAGAAGCCCGUAGCUAAGAACAAUCGGCAUAGUGGUGAUAAAGAUGGUCCACGUCCAUCUACUAGUUUUGCCGGUGAUAAUAAUGCAAAUCCCAGUAUCACUUUUCAAGGUCCUGAUAGUCCUGCUGGUCACUCUUUAGCACAAAAUGGACAUACUAAUGAAAUUAACUAUCAAAUAGACGGUGAUGAUGACGACUUACAGUCACAAGGGGCUUGCGCUUUACCUUCGUAUUCUACGCAGAGGGCAAACACUUCGGACGAUAUAGUUUAUCCGCAAGAAUAUGAAAUGAGCUUCCAAAAUAACCCUGUGUAUGUGACCACCCCUAAACUGUCAGUUGAACUGCAGAACGAACGCACUCGUAUCCAACGGGAAAUGAAUACAUGCAUGUCUAUCGACUUUGUGAAUAGCUCGAAUCAUGUUGCUGAUGAUAAAAGCAAAGAGGAGGUUAAACAAAACUUACCUCCGGAGGAUGCGAGGCUUGAGACGAGCUAUGAGAUGGACUAUGAUAGAGAAUGCCCAAAUAACGAGAAUGAGAAUUUGGUCAAUCCGUCUUACGGUACCGCGUCGGUGAUUAGCAAAGGAAAAGUGCGCGCAACGGUGCUGAUGUUCAACCGUCGUUGGCAGAAUGAUGAUAACUCCAAGAAGCCGAAUUAA